GAGAGAACUACAUCUCCCGUCAGGCAGCGGGAGGAAGGUUGUCAAAGCUUAGGGAAGGGGCUCUGGGCUACCUGGGAUUUCCCAGAGUCGCCAGGUCCCCACUUUGAGGAUGGAGCUGUCGCGGGGAGCCAGCGCCCCAGACCCGGACGAUGUCCGGCCUCUCAAACCGUGUCUGCUACGCCGCAACCACAGCCGCGAUCAGCACGGCGUGGCAGCCUCCAGUCUCGAGGAGCUGAGGAGCAAAGCCUGUGAACUCCUGGCCAUUGAUAAGUCCCUGACGCCGAUCACCCUGGUCCUGGCUGAGGACGGGACCAUAGUGGAUGACGAUGACUACUUCCUCUGCCUUCCUUCCAAUACGAAGUUUGUGGCGUUGGCCUGCAAUGAGAAGUGGAUUUAUAAUGAUUCCGAUGGAGGGACGGCUUGGGUUUCCCAAGAGUCCUUUGAGGCAGAUGAGCCGGACAGCAGGGCAGGGGUGAAGUGGAAGAAUGUGGCCAGGCAGCUGAAAGAAGAUCUGUCCAGCAUCAUCCUGCUGUCAGAAGAGGACCUCCAAGCGCUCAUCGACAUCCCAUGUGCAGAGCUGGCUCAGGAACUCUGCCAAAGCUGUGCCACUGUCCAGGGGCUGCAGAGCACACUCCAGCAGGUGCUUGACCAGAGAGAGGAAGCCCGCCAGUCCAAGCAGCUCCUGGAACUUUACCUCCAGGCCUUGGAGAAAGAGGGCAACAUCUUGUCCAACCAGAAAGAGUCCAAAGCUGCCCUCAGUGAAGAGCUGGAUGCAGUUGACACAGGCGUCGGCAGAGAGAUGGCUUCGGAAGUGCUGCUCAGAAGCCAGAUCCUUACCACACUGAAGGAGAAGCCUGCCCCAGAGCUGAGUUUAUCUAGUCAGGAUUUGGAGUCUGUCUCCAAGGAGGAUCCCAAAGCCCUGGCUGUCGCUCUGAGCUGGGACAUAAGGAAGGCAGAGACAGUCCAGCAGGCCUGCACCACGGAGCUCGCCCUGCGGCUGCAGCAAGUGCAGAGCUUGCAUUCACUCAGGAAUCUAUCAGCAAGGAGGAGCCCACUGCCUGGGGAACCACAGCGACCCAAACGAGCCAAACGAGACUCCUCGUAGCCAAACCGGAGAAGACGGGCUUUGCUGUCAGUAACUUUCCAUGGUCCUGUUACCGCCCACACUCCCCCCUCACCCACCUCCUGCCCCAUGUGUGCUCUUCUAGCUCCAGGAAAGCGGUUCAGGGCUGUGCAUGUGCCUCUCUACCUCCUUUACUGUACUGGGAUUUCCGUUUUGUUUUCUUACCUGUGGAAGUGUUUUGCCUGCGUGUAUAUCUGUGUACCUCAUGUCCAUGAAGGCCAGAAGACAGUGUCAGGUCCCCUGGAACUGGAGUUACAGACAGCUCUCAGCAGCCAUGUGGGUGCUGGGAAUUGACUCUGGCUGUUCUGGAAGCCUGGCCAGUGCUCCUAACCACUGAGCCAUCUCUCCAGCUCCCGGAAUGUGCUUAGCAUGUGUUAGGCCUUAGGUUCCAAGUGAAAGUUCUGGUCAAGGGCAGUGAAAACCUCUCAUAUAGUUAGGACUUGAUGUCCUCACUCUCCAACUUGAACAAUAGAGUUUUAGACACACAAGGGUAGAGAAAAGGCGCCCAGCAGCAACAAUUGUGGCCAUGAACUUCUCAAGCUAAUAAAUGCAGUUGCUGUUUGCUUAAAGGCACACACUGCAUUUGGGGACCCCAGGGACACGGAGUCUAACCCACGGCAUCUAAUAUCUGACUCAGUGGUGUAAAGCUGUUACCACUGUGAAACUCCGUUCCAUUUUCUAAUAUGUUUUGCCAGCAGGGGUUAGAAAGAGUCAUUAAAUGAGCCCAUGCAAUGCGACUCAGGUUGCUGUCUGCAGACCAGAGCACUUCUAGUUUUUCUCCGCUGUUUCUGCUCAGAGUUCUGCAACUUCUGCAAUCUCUAGUGCUGUCUGCUUUCAGGGAAAAGGCGCCUAGUUACGGGUCAUGUGACUUACACAUGUUGGGAGAAGACUGCUAUCAAGAGUCUCCAGCCCACUUCUUGUGUGUGCGUGCGUGCGUGCAUCUGUGUGUCUGUGUGUGUGUGUGUUCUGGGCACUGAGGAUUGAGCUAGGGCUUCAUUCAUAGAUGCUGUACACGUGCUCCCUAAUGAACCACACCCCAGCCUCACAUUGACAAGGAAAUGCAGCACUGAGUGUCGGGGUGAAGGUGGGGUGCACAGAGCAGAUUAACAUGAUUGACCUGCCUCCUCCUACAGCGGGAGGCAGAUCUGUCGGCAGGCAGCUUUUACAUCCUGUAGUGCCUGAUAGCACCAGUUCCAAAUAUUGGUAUCAACAGCUCCUCCCACAUCUUCGUGGUACCUCAAUCCUUAAAUAAAAGCCAUUGCUGAUAUUAAUGCCAGUAGUCCCCUCCCCGAUCCUCGCAGUGCCUCGAAAUCCUUAAAUAAAAGCCAUGGUUGAUCAUCCAGC